ACGCUCAUGAAAAUCAGGAAAAUACAGAAACGAACGGAGCAGAAGGCUCUCCGCUCGAAGAAGCACAAGCAAAGCCGGAAGACUCUGAAGCUCCCGAAGCCCAGAGCAAUCCUCCACGGGAUGUUCGUAGUAAUCACGAAAACAAUGCAGAAUCUGUACAUGAGGAUGCGGUGCACGAAAGCGGCGACGAAGAGUGCGAGGACGGGGAAGAGGACACAGAAGAGACGUGUUCUGAAGAUAAUUCCAGCAACCCGACUUCUUCAGUGAGCCCUGAAGAAGCGGCUGACGUUUUACAAGAAUUGCCACCAAAAUCUGUUAUGUUAGUUCCGAUCCCAGAACCAGAUUUUAGUGUCUUAGCUGACAGAGAAAAGCUCUUUCCCCGACCAGCGCUAUCAAAUCCCAAGGUGACCUAUCAGCUUAGCUGUAAACAGCUGGGCGUGGUUCCCAUAAGCCAAUACUUACGGUCCUUGGACACGUACGCCGAAGACCUCCGCCUACAGAGCUACGGCCUAACCAGGCUGGACAUGCUUCCACUGUGCCACUCCCUGGCAUACAACACGACCGCCACCACCCUGAACCUGAGCAACAACCGCCUUGAGGACGACGUCCUGCCCAACAUCGAGGCCAUGAUGAACGACAACAGCUUCAUUGGCGCAAUCAACCUCAGCCGCAACAACCUGACGGGGCCGGGGCUGGACAGCCUGCGGGUGAUGCUCAGCAAUAACUACACACUGACCUCGCUGGACCUGUCGCACUGCCACCUGCUGGACGUUGACGCGCCCGCGCUCGCCGCCGUCAUCGAGGUCAGCCUCAACCUGCGCCAGCUCAACCUCGGCUACAACGAGCUCUCCGAGUGCGGCAAGGUGCUGGGCACCGUGCUGACCGCCGACGAGGGGCUGGAGACGCUCGACCUCUCCUGGAACACGUUCCGCGCGCGCUCGGCACGGGACCUGCUGAUGGGCCUGCGCGCGAACAGCCGCCUGCGCCGGCUCGACCUCGCUUGGAACAGCCUCGGGCCGGACGUGGCGCGCGGCCUGCGCGACCUGCUCAAGAAGAACACCACGCUGGCCGAGCUGGACGUGUCGCACAACCGACUGCGCGACCCCAGCAUGCGACCCAUCGCCAUCGGGCUGCGCAAGAACCAGACGCUGGAGAAGAUCUGGCUCGGCCACAACCCCGUGACGCCAGUAGGCGCUCUGGCUCUCAUGAAGGUGCUGCCCAAGGCGAGCGUCGGUUACGUGGACCUCUCCCAGAUCGAGGUCAGCAGUGACUUUGUGAAGAUGAAGGAGAAGCUCGAUCAGGAGGCGAUAACUGUGGUGCAUGGGACGAUUAACAAGAACAUGGUGCUUAUCGCGCCACCCCAGAAGAAGGGCAGGGGUCCUCCGCCACCCGUAAUUAAGAAGAAAAAGUGAACGCAUGCCAUGCUUUUUCAAGUGCAGUGUUUUAAUUCGACAAUGCCUCGGUGUAAUUGUAACGCAUAUAACAGCGACUCUUAUCGUGCACUGACUCGCGUUCGUGGUAAUACUUUUGGUCAGUACAGAUGCCAGUCAGUG